CGGUGAGCCUCGUGGGCUAAGUUGAAAUUGCCUUCUGCGAAUGUUGUUGACUCCUCUUCGGUCAAUACCCAGUAUUUGUAGAGCGAAUGGAUCAUGUCAGGGCUUUCUUUGGUUCCAGAACCAGGUCGAUGGGAUGUAAGAGGUCCCACAAAUGGGUAAUCCUUCGUGCAGGUCGCGAAAAAACAGUUGAAUCCCGCUAGGGUCGGGAAUGACGUCUACUUCUGAUCUAGCAGGAUCAUGUAGAACUUUCAAUCUCCAAUCUCCAAUAUAUCACGUCGUGAUGGCUGCCUCUUCCAUCGUUCGCAGAUUUGCCAUCAAGUAUGACACUAUUGCUGACCUCGUCUCGCUGCAUUGUUUUCGGCGGGUACCGAAUUGGGUAAACUCCACGAGGUGUGCGGACCCUCUCCCUUUUUUGACUCUGUUUAUCCUUCAGUUCAUGGCGGGCAGGCCGGUCGACGAACGAAUAGAUAAUUCUUUGGAAGUAUUUGUCAACAUCACGAUUUUACUAAAACCUUAUUGGGGUGGAUAUUUGUGGAUGUCCAGUGUCGAUAACCGAACCACAUGGCAAGGGGACGAACAGCCGGUUCCUUGCAUGGUGGAGACCUCGAAGACGGGAUUGACUAGGACUGAAAUGUGUGAUGCCGGCAGAUCUCCCAGGAAAUACUCUGAAUGGGAAUCCUCUUGUAAGCGUGAUAGUAGACUGAGAAGGAAACAGAGGGAGAAAGAAGUGACCAGCAGCACGUGGCCGAGUAAAUAACUCCAUCACGUGUGGCCAUUCCAACCGGUACUGGUACUGGCUUCCCUCUUCCCACCGUCCACCUUCCAACUUCCAACAUCACAAUCAGCUUCUGCUGCUUCUUCAUCACCUUCAACUCUCGUUCUCAACGGAUAGUACUACUUCACCAUUCUUGACUCGAGUAACACCAAUAAUACCUCUUGUUUCUCCACCCCUCCGGAUUGCUUCUAGGGACUUCUGAACCCCCGGCAAGAAAUUUCGUAUCUCUGCACGACCCAUCCCCAGCAAUAUC